UCUAUGGUGGACAUGAAUUCAUUUGUGAUUAGAACAAUUUUUAAUCUAGUUAAAUUAAAGAAUAUAUCAAAAUGCUCCUAUUCAACUACUAAAAAACAUGUAAUUCUCGAUGAACUACAAGCGGAAGAUAAACCAGCUUUUGUGAUUGAACCAAAAUACAAUGAAGAUGAAAUUAGAAUAAUGAGAAAUAAGUCACGACUAAAUCGUAAACACGAGAAUAUUUUAAAUAAUAAAAAACCCUACGAUCAAAGUGUGGAAUGGUAUCACGAUAGUGUGUGGUAUCGAAGAAGAAUGUUAGGACGAUAUGGUAUAGAAGCCGCAAAUGUUUCUCCUGCUAUAGCUUGGCCAACGAUAGAGGAGAUAGAAGAUGUUAAAGAAAAGGAAUCCCUUUUAUACCCACAUUCGAUACACGAAGCAUUAAAAGAAAUUAAAGAAAAAAAAGAGGCAGACGCUCAGAAAAUAAUUAAAAGAGAACAAGAGAUUAGUAAGGUAAUAGAGAAAUUUGACGAAUGGAAACUUGCCUUGAAGGAAAAAAUUAAAAAGAAAACCAUUGCGAAAUAUGAAGCAAGAGCUAAGAAACAAAAAUCAUUAGAAGAAAUUAAAGAAAAGUAUGGUUACAAUAUCAAUCAACGUGAUGCAAGAGUUAAAGAAUUAUUGCUAGAACAAGCAAUAGCUGAUAAAAAGAAGAAAAAGCAACAGAAUAAAGAGCAAAAAACUAAAAAAAUAAUGGAGUUUAUUCAGAAACAACACGAGAAAGAAAUUGAAGAAGAAAAAGCUGAUAAAUAAAC